AUGGGAAACUUUAAAAAUUUUAAUGCAAUUCUUUGCUUAAUAUUAAUAUGUGGAAAUUAUGUACGAUCAUAGAACCCGUACGUGUGGUAACCUUCAGUUAAAUCUACAUUUUACUAUUAAACAGGCGGAGUUUUAAAUUAUGGCGUAAAAGCCUAAAUUUAUUUCAUAGAUUUCUUGAGAAAUUAAUCUGCAGUAGCUGAUUUAAAAAAUUCAGGUAGAAGGGUAGUAUGUAACUUCUCUAUAGGGAUUUAUGAGAGAAAUUUAGCUGAUUCAAAUAAUAUUCCUAAAAACUUACUUGGUAAUUCUGUUCCAGGUAUGUACUAAGCAAGCUUCAUAAAUAUUGCUGGAUAUUAAACUUCUGGUGUAGGGAGUGUAAUGACAGCUAGAAUUGAUUUAGCAAAAUAAUUAGGAUGUGAUGCAGUUCAAUUUGACAACUAUGAUUACUACUAAAUGAAUUCAGUCACUGGACUUUUACUUAAUUAUUAAAUUCAGCUCAGCUACUUUUAAUAUCUUGCUUACUAUGCUCGUUCUUAAGGUUUGGCAGUAUGUCUUAAAAAUAAUCUAAGUCAAGCAUCUGAUUUAUUUAACAGUGUAGAUUUUGUAUUUAGCGAUACUUGUGAUGGGACAUCUGCUUCAUGCAAUUAUAUGGAUUAAUACGUGAAUAACAAUAAAGCUGCAUUUGGAAUAUCUUAUAGAGAAAAUUAUUUAAAUUAUAUUGUAGACUAAGAUUGGUAGCAAUUAUGUGUCCAGUACAUUUUAAAAAACUACUCAUGGUUAAUUAGAACUAAAAGCUAAGAUGGAUACUCUUUAAGAUGUGCCAUUACAAGUCAAUCAAACUAAAACAUUAUUUCUUCAAGUUCUACAAUACUUGGAAAUUCUAUAGCAAUCACUUUGUUUGCGUUUGUUAUCAUAUUUACUUUUUGA